AUGGCUCUAAAUUGGAUCUUGGUAUUUACUACCUCACUGAGGUCUAUCCAUCCAUGGAGAAGUCAUUGGAAUCAGAAGGGGUCAUCUCGGGAGGUUCCCUCGUUAGCGAUAAUAUCCACGGGUAUACAUUUUCUGAAAAUAGACGACGAGAGCGUUGAGUCCGUGAAUCAUAAACGUGAGCCGAGUGAUCAAGAGUUACGCAAAAAAGCAUUGAAAACCAAACGAGAACCCGGUCAUCGUAUAUUUGUAAAUAGAAGUUUACAACUGGAUAAUGUUAAGUUUUAUGGAUUUGAUAUGGAUUAUACUCUAGCAGUUUACAAAUCACCCGCAUUUGAAGAGUUAACAUUUCAAUUAGUUUUGGAUUCAUUAAUUGAUUUAGGUUAUCCAACCGAUAUAAAAGCAUUUGUUUAUGAUCGAACCUUUCCGUUGAGGUGUAUAGAAGAUAGUGAUGAUGAUUUAAACUUUUUAACUGGAAAUGAAGUUCGUCAAUAUUAUCCAAAUAAAUAUGUCACUGGAGAUGAUCGAAUUUAUGUUUUUUAUACAUUGUUUAAUUUACCUGAGAUCUAUCUUAUUGCGUGUCUUAUUGAUUAUUUUUCGAGUGUUUCAGAAUAUGUCGAAAAUAAUACUGCUGUGAAAUUUGGCGAUAAUAUUUUAUCCUUUCGUGCUAUAUUUAAUGAUGUUCGAACUUCCAUUGAUCGUUUACAUCAUCAGGGUAAAUUAAAAGAACUAGUAACAAGUGAUGUAGAGAAAUAUGUCCAUAAGGAUGAACUAUUGCCUAUCUUACUUGAUCGAAUUCGUUCACAUGGUGCAAAAACUUUCUUAUUAACAAAUUCUGAAUAUUGGUAUACGGAUCGUUUAAUGGCGUACUUACUAGCAAAUGGAGGAGAGGGAAAGAAAGCCAAACGUGAUUGGAAAAGUUAUUUUGAUUUUAUCUUAGUUGACGCACAAAAGCCAUUAUUCUUCGCUGAAGGAACUACGUUAAGAUUAGUCGAUCCGGCUACCGGUAACAUGAAAUUGGGAACUUAUUCCGGACCAUUGCAACAGAAUCAAGUGUAUAGCGGCGGUUCAUGUGAAGUAUUUUCAAAAUUAAUUGGUUCAACGGGAAAAGAUGUUUUAUACGUUGGUGAUCAUAUUUUCGGUGAUAUAAUUAAAAGUAAAAAGCAAAAAGCUUGGAGAACGUUUCUUAUUAUUCCCGAAUUGAAUCAUGAAUUGAAAGUGUUUCACGAUAAACGUGAAAUAUUUAAUACAUUGGAAGAACUGGAUAAUUCAAUUAGCGAAUUAUUACGUAAUUUUGAUAUGACAGCAAAUCAAGGACCAGAUGUAUCAAAAAUUAAGCAUAAAAUACAAAACAAAAUACUAACACGAAAUCAAGCUGAUGGAUCGCAAGAUAUGGAAAGUUGUCACAUGAAUUUUGAGAAAAAUUAG